UAAAUCAAAUGCAAGGAUUAUUAUUGUUAUUAUAUAAAUGCAAUUAGAAAAAGUUACAACUGAAUAAUGGCAGUGAAAUAUAAGGAAGACCCAAGUAUUCCACGAAUGGGAUAGAAUUAGCCAAAGAAGUUGAAAGUCACCUAAGGCUUAUUUGGUCACGAUGCCACAAACCAAGGUGUAUUUCCAUUAGAAAAAGAACAGCAGAGAGCAAGAAGAUUGAUCUAAAAUUUAAGUGGAUGUAGUACAAAGCUUGGAACGAUUGGUAAUGUUUUGAGUCAUGGAUCACCUUGUAAACACUGGAACUCAAACUGAUCCUGUUGUAACACUAUCCUUUGCGCAAGCAGCUGCCUUGGGUCUUGUGGGUCAGAAUGGGCCAUUUAACUUUCCAUUCAGGCAGAAUGGGCUGUAUCCUACCCCAGCUCCACCAAUGGAUAGAAAUACUGUACCUGAACACAUGACAGGACAAUUCCCUGGGAUUGAUGGGAUUAAUGCAACAGAAAAUUUUGAACAGCAGGAAGAGGAAUGUUUAGAAGGAGAAAAUGGCUUUUUGUCUUUUGAGAGGCAAACAAGGAGGAGAAAAAGGCAGCCUGUAAAGCUGGUACAUUCUGAGAAGAAUGAUGAGAAUUGUAAAGAAGAAGUUAUUGAGAUGUAUGAUGAAAUUCAAACGAAUGGUGUCCUUUACAGAAAUGGAAUAAAAAUGAUUGAUAUAAGUAACUUCAAAAGAAAACAAAUGCAUCGUUCCUUUCGUGAAAGGAUUCAAGGGGUCCAGCCAGUUGCCUUUUCUCAGCACUUGGUAGACAAUCUCCAUUAUAAUUCUGCUGAUCAGGAUGACAGAGAUGAUCCUGCAAGUGCAAAACUAACUAGCACUUAUUUCGAUACAGAUGAUCCUCAUACGUUUGAUCCAGUAGAAGAAAUUGCAGAAACAUCCAUGAAUGAGGAGAAUCGCAAUUUUGUGUGGCAAGACCGAGUGUCCUAUGAAGUAGAGCUGUCAGCGGCUGAACAGGAAGAGCGAAAUAGAAGAGCUCAAAUAGAUCGGCUGGAUAUUAAUGUUCAGAUUGAUGAUUCCUAUUGUAUAGAUGUUGGUGAUGGACAGAAACGAUGGCAGUGUCGUUUGUGUGAAAAAUCCUAUACUUCAAAGUAUAACUUAGUCACUCACAUUUUGGGCCACAGUGGCAUUAAACCUCAUGAAUGUCCUCAUUGUCGCAAGCUUUUUAAACAACCUAGUCACUUACAAAUGCACCUUCUUACUCAUGAAGGUAUACGGCCACACAAGUGUGAAGUGUGUGACAAAGCCUUUACACAGACAAGUCACCUCAAACGGCACAUGUUACUACAUUCUGAGAUUAAACCAUACAGCUGCAGAGUAUGUGGGCGUGGGUUUGCUUAUCCCAGUGAAUUAAAGACCCAUGAAGCUAAACAUGAAAAUGGUAGAUGUCAUAUUUGUAUUGAAUGUGGAUUAGAUUUUGCAACACUCUCUCAGUUAAAAAGACACCUUCUUGCACAUCAAGGCCCCACACCAUACCAGUGUGCAGAGUGUGAUAAAACUUUUAAUUACCGAAGUCAGCUUCAGAACCACAUGAUGAAGCAUCAGAACAUCCGCCCUUAUGUCUGCACUGAAUGUGGUAUGGAGUUUACCCAACCUCAUCAUUUGAAACAACAUUCACUCACACACAAGGGAGUAAAAGAAUUCAAGUGUGAGGUAUGUGGACGUGAGUUUACACUUCAAGCAAACCUGAAGAGACACAUGUUGAUCCAUACCAGUGUCCGAGCUUAUCAGUGCCACAUCUGUUUUAAAACAUUUGUUCAAAAGCAGACGUUGAAGACUCACAUGAUUGUUCAUUCACCAAUUAAACCCUUCAAAUGCAAGGUAUGUGGAAAAGAAUUCAAUCGGAUGUACAAUCUCCUGGGUCACAUGCAUCUUCAUUCAGACAGUAAACCUUUCAAAUGUCCAUACUGUUCAAGCAAGUUUACCCUCAAAGGCAACUUAAGCCGGCAUAUGAAGGUCAAACAUGGUGUCAUGGAUAUUGUCCUUGAUGGUCAAGAAAACUUGUUAGAUAUUGGAAAUGCCGAACAUUUAGAAGGGCACCAUGGGGACAUUGAUGAUUAUGAAGAAAAUUCUUUUGACUUCACAGGUGGUAGAAAAGUUGGUGAUGAUACUUCUGACUCAACUAAAAUGUCUGAUGAAGAGAGUAUGAAAGACAUGUACUUCAGCUUUGAGAAAGAAGCUGAAAGAUAUGGGAUAGACUUAAAACCUUAACUUAAGUGAAGCCAAAAACAUAUUUUGAUACCGUGCUUUGACCAUUGUUCAUGUGCAUAGCUUUUAUUAAUACUGCAACUGCAGAUUUUUUUAAAAUUACAUUCCAAUAAGCACAUGCUUCACAAAAAAUUGUAAUGUGAAUCCAUUUUACACGUUACUAAUCUCAGGGUUCUGUGGAGAUUUUUUUUUAAAAAACUGGUCCGUUCUGGACCAAAGCAGUUGACUACUACCAAAACAAUGUUGGUCUUUACUGUGUAAAAUAUAACUUUAAAACAAGGUUCUAUGUAUAUAUACAUCCAGUUGCAGUAAUUCAUUGAAUUACAUUGUGGAGUUGCUUUUGUGGAUUUAUUUUUCUUACUGGACUUAUGUAUUGGCUACACUAGCAAUAAAAUAACAGAUCUGU